AUGAUCGAGCUCUCGUCAGAGGCAGUGCAUAAUGACCAAUUUGCGCUAUCUUGCCGUGUUAGGCGGCAACUACACCCGGCUGAUAACAAGACGGUUGAGCCUUUCCACCAUGACCUGCGUCUGAAGGCGAAGGUGUCUGAAUUGAGUUUGUCAGUCGGCGGCUAA